AUGCUAAAAUGUCUAAUAGGCGGCCACACAAGCGAGGCUCUCGCGCUUGUCUCAACGCUAGAUUUUACACGAUACACUCCCAGAAAAUACAUCAUCAGCGAAGGUGAUGCCCUGAGCGCUAAUAAGUUUAGGAACCUUGAGAGUGAAUGUGUUCAACUCAAGAAUGUGAAGAUUUCGGCUAGCUACUCUGUUCCAGUAAAUUUGCUCAUGCUCCUGAAGUUGACAGGGAAUUCGACUUCUUACGAAGUCGUUGUAGUUCCUCGAGCUCGCCGAGUACACCAGCCCUUAAUUACAACUCCACCGACGGCCAUGCGGUCCUUAAUUUCGGUCUUAAAAUACAUGAUACACUUCCCCUCUGUCUCAAAUGCUCCUUUCGCGGAUGUUCUUCUGCUUAAUGGGCCAGGAACGUGCUUUGUUCUCUGUGCUGCUGUUAAGCGUGUCAUUUGCUAUUGCUGGCUCGCUUUCGAUGCGAAUAAAGUGUACAAUAUUAUUCAGUUUCUAGGACUUCCCGCUCCGAGGGUCAUCUAUGUUGAGUCAUUCGCACGCGUGAACUCGCUAUCACUGUCUGGAAAACUCCUUCGGCCCCUCGUCGAUAGGUUUGUGGUGCAAUGGCCGCAGCUCCUGAGAGAUGGGGUACGCGGAGACUGCCGAGGUUGGCUCGUGUAA